AUGACCGCGUCCUCGCACUAUUCGGGUCGGAGCCCGUUGAUGAGCCCCUUCUGCAGCGGCUGGAGGAAACAUGCAACGGACGGGGGGAGCACGCGCAGGCAACCGGCACCGCACAAGGGGAGGCGGGACAGAUGGCAUUGCACCAUUUUUUUCCACCGCGGCAUUGUCUUCUCCCACAGGGAUUUUGGAACCGCCCUUGACUGCGUGCGUGCGUCCCUUGCGACGGGGACACACCGCGCGUACUUGUACACUGGCCGUGGACCGAGCGCGCAGUCGAUGCACAUUGGCCAUUGCAUACCGUUUUUAUUGACGCGGUACCUGCAGGAUGCGCUCGGUCUUCCGUUGGUGAUUCAGAUAACCGAUGAUGAGAAGCACUUCUUCCGCGACAUUCCCGUCAGCGGGGAGAAGGCGAGCGGGUUGGUGGUGGAGAACAUAAAAGACAUCGUUGCCUUUGGCUUCUAUCCACGCAAGACAUUUAUAUUCCGCAACACGG